AUGUCUACCAAAGCAGGUUCUACCACCUCCAAGUUCUUUCAGAACAUGAUAAGCAAGGACACGCUGAAGAUGGUGUUCACGACACACUUCUGGGGACCAGUGUCCAACUUUGGAAUCCCAAUCGCCGCUGUUAUGGACCUGCAGAACAAACCGCCAGAUGUUAUUAGUGGACCAAUGACGGUCUCGCUUGUUCUGUACUCCGCUGUUUUCAUGAGAUACGCUAUGGCAGUGACGCCUGCCAAUUACUUGCUAUUUGGCUGCCACUUCGUCAAUGAGUUUGCGCAAUUGGGCCAACUUUACAGAUUUGUGGAUUACACUUACUUGAGCAAGAAGAAUAUUGCAAACUGA